AUGCCGAGAUCGGUUCAGCACUGGUCAGGGGGAAUCCCCACUUGCAUCCAACCACACCCAGACCCAGAUUUAUCUGACGACGAAAUCAAGGAGGAAGUGAAGGGCUGGCUACUAUUUGUAAAGGAGAAUUGGGUUUCUGCAGCAAAUGCAGGCGCUUCCUCCGAUGCCGAAUAUGAGCUAAAGCACCGUCGGCAACUGGUGGAAAAGUGGGCUUCAGCCAAACAGGAAUUUCGCGAUUCGUACCAAUCGCGUGCACCUGUGGGUCUUCCAGGCACGGAGGGGUCAAGAUCAAGGGGUGAACAAAUUGAAGGUCUUCGAUACCCAGCCGAAGCAUUGGAACGUAUCUACGAUACUCUCCAGCCAGACAAUACCAGCGGCCUGAUUUGUAUUGCCCCUGUCGAUGAGAACCAUCCUGAAAAUCGAGCGCGAUUGGUGAAAUUCGCGAUCUUGUUGUACGACUAUGAUAUCGAGGCUGGGCACUGUAUCGAUAGUCACAUCCCAUCGGAGGCUAUCCUCAAUCCAGCAACCACUAAUGAUCCUUCAGUAGAGGAUUUUCUGCCCUGGGUAGAUCUUGAAACCGCAAACUUCCUGUCUAUCUAUCUCACGCAUACUGGCACAGUGAUCUAUUUCGGUCGUUUAGGCACAUACAUGUUGGUUGAUGAACUAGGUCUGCAAACCGGACGCUUGACAUUCGUCGAGUAUGAAAUUAAUGGGACUGUGCAAGAAUCUGUUGAAGUCCGUCCAUUCAACAUGAAAAGUCCAAACUUGCGCGCUCACCAUUCCGGAUCCCGGGGAAGGCCAGAAGAUAUUAGGUGUGUUGAUGGUGGUUAUAGACACCAAAAUCAGCCACUUGACAUGGACCUACCGAUCGUCGAUAUUCUCUGUCAAGCCAAGGAAGUUAACAAACUUCCAAACACAAUGUUUCUAUGUGAUCGAGAGCAGUGGACAAGUGAUGUUGAGCUUUAUGCCCCAGGAUACUUGGUUCUGGAGGCCGAAGGGCGCGGAGGAGAGUACCCCCUAACCCGUCUCGCUGAUCCAAACACUAUCAGGGGCAUUAAGAAGCAGGUUAUGAUUACGGUGGAAGACCCCAGUUUUUCACACGCCCAUUUUACAUGGCUUGCUCCGCGCCUACCAUGA